AUGCUCUUCUACAUCGCUCUCUUGAUUUCUUUCUCCAAAUCUUGCGAAAUCAAGAAAACCCAGCUGUAUUACACGUAUGAUAGUGAAAGUGAUAGCCUUACUGGUCAUUAUCAACGGUCAACUUAUGACGAUCAAACUGGAGAGACUACCAUACAUGAGUGGAAGGAGAACAUUGAUGGACCGAUUUUGAAACCUCCGACUACAACUACAACUACAACUACAACUACAACAACUACGGAGCCGAAAAUAUAUAAUUGUCCGGAUGAUUGGCUCACAUUUUCUCGUGAUAAUUACAAAUGGUGUAUGAAAAUCGUCUUAACAGAGGAAAUCACAAAAAAUUCAGCUCAAGAAGCCUGUGAAAAACUUGGAGCAAAUUUGACAGGAUUUCAAAGUUCCAGUGAGAGAACUCAAGUUGCAAGUAAAAUCAAGUUAAUGGUAGCGACAAAUAAAGAUGCCUUGAAUAAUUAUAUAAGUCAGACAGGCGGAAAGUUUUGGGUUGGAGCUGAGAGAAAAAAAUCAUGUGCAAUUGCAAAUUCAUGCGGAGAUGAAACUGUGAAUGCUUAUGAAUGGACCGAUGGAAAAACAAGUGGAACAGAUGGAAUGAAAUGGCAAAGUGGACAGCCAGAUUUUUAUAAGUGAGUUUGUUUGAAAGGAAGUUUUACAUCAGUUAUUUAUUUCUCACAGAGAGGGACAGAAAUGCGUCUACAUUUCAAGUUCAAAAUAUCAAUCUUCUCGACACGGUCUUCUUGAUGAUGAUGCUUGUGCAGGCACAGACCAUGUGGAUGGAUAUAUUUGUGGAAAAUCAGCCGGAUCAUUAUGA